GGGGUGAGGCGCGGUGGGCGGCUCAGCCGCAGCCGAACCUUCGCUUGUUAUAAGAUGCACAUUCGCCGCGCCAUAGGUAUGAAGCGUGCUGGGCUCCACAGUAUGCCUCCGCGCACGCGACACUACCGCUAACCUCACGUUUGUCGAACAAUCCCCGAGUGCCAUGUAGGAUGUCUCACAGCAGCCUCAGUAAUUGUCACUACGACAGCUACUUACCUUCGGAUUCAUCCCUUGAGACAGAAGCUCUCACUAACCGGCAUUGGAAUGGCCGCGUGUCGAGUCAAGCGGAGGGGCCUUCGCGGCGAAAAAGCAACCUCCACAAUGCUAUGGCGGGAGACUUGGAUACAUCUUGGGAUCGGCCAACGCACAUCGAAGGAAGAUACAAAAAAUAUUCAACGACAUCAUCUAUUUAUUCCAAGAAAGCGUUAUCACAGCAAAGCGAACACAUAGAAAGGUCGUGGUGGUACGCCUGUUGUGCAAAGUGUCAUCAAGAAGACUCCGGCAUUCCCUCGUGGGAACCUCCUCACUGGCAGAAGAUAUGUCCAUAUCCGCUAUGUCCGUCCUACCGGCAGUUCGCGCAGACCUUAUCAGUAUUCAUCAUUGGCAUACUGGUGUGGGCGGGUGUAUGGAUCAUCAUGGGCGACACCGCGGCGCCUGGCGGGCAGCUGUUCAUGCUGACGGCGCUCACCAUCCUGGCCUACUUCGGCGGCUGGCUGAUGGUCAAGAUCACCACGCUCCCGGCGCUCAUAGGAAUGCUCAUCGUAGGAAUUAUUAUGAAAAAUAUUGGUUUCGUCCACUUUGAUCCGGAAUACCAAAAAGUCUGCUCGUAUAUAAGGAAAAUAGCUUUAACGAUAAUUUUAACACGAGCCGGCCUGGAUCUGGACCCCGUAGCCAUGAAAAAGUUGUUCUUUACUGUAAUUAAGCUGGCAUUGAUACCGUGGACCUUCGAGUGUGUUCUGUGCGCAGUGUCGGCACACUACUUACUGGACCUACCUUGGAAUUGGGCAUUCCUCCUAGGAUCGAUAGUAGCCGCCGUGUCUCCUGCCGUGAUCGUGCCCUGCCUGUUCCGCCUCAGGAACAAAGGCUACGGAGUGUCCAAGGGCAUCCCGACGCUGGUCCUCGCCGUGUCCGGAGUCGAUGACGCUGCCAGUGUAGCCGUCUUCGGAAUUGUCUCCUCCUUGAUGUUCUCGAGUUCCUCCAUGACCAUGAAUAUCAUACAAGGUCCUUUGAGUAUAGUCGUUGGAUUAGUAUUCGGUGGAGCUUGCGGUUACUUGUUGAAGGUUGUGCCGGAAAAGAACGAUGCGUUUGUCGUCCCUCUUCGAGUGCUGAUGUUGCUGGCGGGCGGGAUAGUGUCGGUGAUUGGUUCCGAGGAAAUCGGAUGGGGAGGCGCAGGACCCCUGGCGGUGAUCGCGUUUGCCUUCUUCGCCGGCAAGAACUGGUCGGAGCAGGGCUGGGAGAUGGAAGACAACCCUGUCGCGACAGCCUUCGAAAUAUUCUGGAUGUUCUUCGAGCCCAUGCUGUUCUCCGUUACGGGCGCUCAAAUUGUGAUAUCUGACCUGGAACUGCACUUGGUGUUAGUCGGUGGUGGUAUUCUGGUUGGAUGCAUGAUUCUUCGCGCCAUCCUUACCAGCACCUGCGCGGUGAGAAGCAACCUCAACAUGAAAGAAAAAAUAUUCGUCGGUCUUUCUUGGAUGGCCAAAGCCACUGUACAGGCUGCGCUCGGACCAGUUGCUAUGGACGCUGUGAAAAAAAUGGCUGAACUCGGGGGUACAUCCUCUGAAGAUCUAAUCAAGUACGAGAGAUACGCAGACAUCGUCCUAAAUAUUUGCAUUAUGUCAAUCGUGAUCACCGCGCCUCUUGGGGCGAUCGUCAUUACACUCACAGGCCCGCGACUACUCACCAAGACGACUAAGCCGCCUGUACUAGAAGGCUGGCGUCGUUCGCACCGUCCGUCGAUCCGCGACAUUUCCAUCAUCGACGAGGAGGAGGUGGCGGAGCGCGACGCGGAGGCGGACGCGCCGGAGUCGCCGGAGCCGCCGGCGCCCGCGCCCGCGCCCGCCGCCGCCAGCACACCCGCGCCCGCGCCCGCGCCCGCGCCCGCGCCCAUCACCGUCCAGCCCAACAGCCGCACAUGACCGAAUCACUCACUCUCUAAAUAGCUACCAGAGCAAUACUUUUUCUAAUAUUGCCUAUCGAAGGUCACAUCAGUGAUGUAAUUUAUAUGGAUUAUUUGCAGUCUAUCGACUCUUGCGGUCGCCGGAUCCACCGCCGUGUGAGACUGGAAAUAUCCACAUCAAGGUGACAAAUUUACGAAACAUUUUUACGUCAAGUACGAUCGUCACAUGUAAAAAAUCGAAAAUUCAUGUUGUAUAUUUUUCGCCACAAUGGUAAUAUAUAGUAGUAGAUAUAUUAUAUAGAAUAUAUUGUAAAGCGUAAAGAGAUUUUGAAUAAAAAAUAUUUUUGAAAUUAUC